UCAAACUCAGCACACCACUACCUCCUCCUGCUCUCGGACUCGGCCCUCCCCCUGGGCUCCUUCGCCUUCUCCUCGGGCCUGGAAUCCUACAAGACCCACACCCAUAGCAACACCGGAGGAUCCUCAUCCUCCUUCCAUGCCUUCCUGCCCCUCUCCCUGUCCUCCUACGCCUCCACCACGCUGCCGUUCGUGCUGGCGGCGCACCGCCACUCGUCCACGGCGUCGGUCGCCUCGCUCGACGACCUGUACGACGCGGCCGUGAUCUGCACGGUGGGCCGGCGGGCGUCGGUGGCGCAGGGCCGGGCCCUGCUGGGGGUGUGGGACAAGAGCUUCAUGGGCGCCGUGCCCGCGGAGUCGCACCGGGUGAUAUCGGGUCUCAAAUCUCUCACCACUACCAAACCUGCCCCUACUUCUACUUCUACUUCCGCGCACCUCGCGCCGCUGUUCGGGGCCAUCUGCGACCUGCUGGGUCUGAGCUGCCGGCAGGCGGCGUACGUGUUCAUGCUGUCGCACGUCAAGGCCUUGGUGUCGGCCGGGGUGCGGGCGGCCAUGAUGGGGCCGUACGUCGCGCAGCGGAUCCUGGCGAGUCGCGAGGUGCAGGAUAUGAUCGCGGCCAUGAUCGAUCGGGAGUGGGAGACGAGGGUUGAGGAGGCGGGGCAGAGUGUGCCGGUCAUGGAUCUGUGGAUCGGGAGGCAUGAGAUGCUGUAUUCAAGGAUUUUCAAUAGCUGA